UCUAAAUGUUUCGUGCAAAAAUGAGUAUAUAAAAAUAUUUACUUACGAAAAAAAACAAAAUAUAUGUGUUUCACCCAGUGGGUCCCAGGAUUUGAUAUUGCACUAAACUUGUGAAUGAGUUGGAAUUUUUUUGGUGAAAAGAUUUCAGGUUUGUAAAUUUUUGGUUGGUUUUAUUAGUUUCAGUUAGUUCCUUUGUUGAAACACUAACAAGCCACUUUAAGCCAUUGAAAGUCAAACGAACUGUUAUGAACAAAUAGUCUGUCCAACGGAUAGUCUGGAUAUUAUUUUGGAAUCCUUACAUGCAAAAUUUAUGGGCUUCUCUUGGAUCACACAUAUAAAUUUCUUUUAAAAUCCAAAAAGAUCCUUUUAAGAAAUAUUGAAGAAAGAAAUAUUAAAACCAUACUAGUGAUAAUUAAAGUGUACUUACAUACUGCAAGCGCGUGUACAGUAAAUUGGCGCGAAUAAAAUGACAUGACGAAAAUUGUUUGGUUGUGUUGUUACGGUUUAACCAAAGCAUAUAAAAUUUAGUUACAUAAAAAUUUACCUCUGAAAUAUUGCCCCUAGAUUUUGUACAAUUUUAUACUAUAUCCGACAGUGAAUAUUUAAAGGAUAUCCAGAAGAUAAGUGCUACUGGAUGCUACCUAGUAUCUUAAUCUUAGCAUGUCGCACUUUAAAUGAAAAAUUAAGGAAUUACAGUUGCUUUCACAUUCUUGUCUGAUGAUUACGGAUAAAGUGUAGCUAAUAAUUUGUCUUUGUUUCUUUUGUAAUGAGAUUAUCCCCGUUCAUAAAUAAUAAAUCCGAAAUUCAAGCCAAAUCACAGGCCUAGUGAAAAGGUAUAAUACGACCAAAAAUAUAACCUUAACCACAUCCCAACACAUGCUUAUUCUGUAUUAAGUAGGUCUUCCUUGAGAUGUUUUUUAACACUUUAAAAUGUGGAGACCGUGGAAUGAAGAAGAUAUGGAAAAUAACGCAGAAUUUGAAAACGAAGUGGAGAUGGUAGUCGAACCUAACAUGACCGCGGAAAUAUUUGAGGACUGGUUUGAUAAUAAACUGUUGCCAAAACGAUCACAAAAUACUGUUAUUGUUAUUUUAAUAAAAAUUAUAAAUUCGAUUCGAUAGCAACCAAACGGACAUGAAAUCUUAAGAUUGCCUUCGUAUCAAUGUAUAUUUAACCCGAUUGAGAUGAUUUGGUCUGAGUUGAAAGCGCAUAUAAGAAGAAACAACAGUGCACCAAAAUUUAGUGACAGUACCACAAACGUAAGUCGGCAAGAGUUAGCUAAAAUAUCAGUACAAAGCUGAUCUAAUUGUGAAAAGCGAAUAAUAGAAGAAUUACGAUUAGUGGGGGAGUUGAGGAUUGAUACUUUAUUAUUAUUAUAUUUAAUAUUUUGUAUAUUAAUGACAGAAUGUCAUAAAUUGUUACUUUGUCCUAAAUUUUUUAUGUACAUAUUUCAAGAAUUGCUCGGUCAACGAAAGAUUGAAGACAUACUUAUAUCCUGCUUGUUAGUGUAGGUAGAUAAAUUCUUUAGAACGGUCUUGGGAUGGUUACGGGUAUGGGUCUACUCGGUAGAGUGUUCUAUAAGGGGCUGCGGUUUUGGUUUAAUAAACAGUAGGGAAAGUUAAUCACGAGUCGGUUGUAAAAGUACUAUAUUUCUGGUGCAAGUAUAGCAGGCCGGUUUUUCACUGGUCGGACGCGCGCGUACGCGAUCGCCAUCUUCAGGCGGUGCUGGUCCCCCAAUUGACGCGUCUAAAAAUACCACGCGGUGCGGGCGGGUUCCGCUGAAUCAGGGUACCGUCCGCCGAAGAAUGGUUAUUUCGAGAUCGAAGAAAUUCCCGCGCUUACUUAGUCACCGAAUAAAUUAACCGCCGGCAAGAAUCACCGCUGGUAUUUUACGCGUAUGCAGAUGCAGAUAUAAAGGCGGGGGACGCCAUCAAAAACGCACGUGAAACCGGCACGCGACGCAAUAAAACGAAUAGCGAGCGCAAGUAAAAAACAUUCGCGUCGACGCCAUGGCUAGAUCUUGCUAUUCGGUGGUGCGUGUGCUGCUCGUUUUGUACGGCGUCGCGGUGCUGUGCGACGCCGCCGGCACCGUGUUGGACUUCCACGAGCACGAGACGAAAGUGAAAAGGUUCAAGUGCGGCCGGCCUCAGGCACGAGCCGUCGAUUACCACGAGAUUCUGGAGGACCAAGCGAUCGUCAAGCAAAUCGCCUUACCUAAACAAACCGUGCUCCACCGGUGCGAGUCGGCCGGAUGUUGCAAGUCGGGUGCUUGCCAGGAGAGAACCUCGACACUGGUCGACGUCACAGUCCAGCUGUACAGUAGGCGAAUAUAUACGUUCCAGGCCAGGAACCACACGUCAUGUGCCUGUCGAUCAUUAAGGAAUAUCAAGUGAGGGGGACCGAUGAUGUGGACGUAAAAUAAGUCGCAAACUAAGACUGACUACAUUUAAGCAGAUCAUAUUAUUAACUUAUUUAAAGGAAUACGCGGGCGACUGCGAUUAAAACAAAGUACCAUUCUUCUUCCUUCUGCGAUAGGGACCGUCUGACACGGACCAAAGAAAAAGCUCAUUAUUCGUUUGCGGGAAUUCCUUCCCUAAUUCAGCUGGCGCCUCGCGUAUUACUUGCCGGCCACUUUAAUUAUGAAACCAUGUUGGUAUAUAUUAAGCGAAAAAUCCUAGAGCUGUCAUCAUACGGUUUAACCCGAACCGGUUAGUACUCAACCUUCGAAACUAGUUAUUAAAAUGUUAGAAUAAUUGCAGAAUUCUCAUUAACUUAUUUAUUUAUUUAUUAUCGACAAUUAUUUUGUAAUUUAUUACUGCGUAUGAACGAAAUAAACGAUGUACCGAAACUUCAUCUACGCAUUGUUUUGUAAGUGAAGACCCAGAAAAUUUUUUCACACGCGCGGGGAAGUAAACCAAAAAUAAAUA